CGUGCCCAUACAGUGGAAAUAACUUCAACCUUUAUUCAAUCACCUUCAAACACCGCGCCACCUAACAACAUAUCCCUUUAGGGGGUUUGAUAUUUUCCUCUUCUCCAGUAGCAAAAGCCGAAAGAAUUAGUUUCGUUCAAUAUGCCACAAGACCCAAAUCUGUACGGCCAACGUCCGUCCAAACGGCAAAAGAAAGAGAUCCCGUUAUCCAGCUCUCUCGACUUUACCUCUCAACUCAGCUCCCUCCUUUCCACGUCAGCCUCCAACUCCGCAUCCCCCAGUUCCGUGGCAACUUCCGGCCGCCUCCGCCCAUCUAAGAACAAAGACGACAUAUUCUCCGUCAAGGCAAAGCGGAAAGCGGGAGCAUCCGCGCCGGGGAGAGAUGGAGACGACAAUAGGAGUAGGAAUAGGAAUAGUAAAGAUGGAGCGAAGAUCUCGCUGAAGGAUGUUCGUGGCACAGAGGAAGAGAAACAGGACCAUGCGCGUGCACGUCGAAAGAUGGAGGAAAAGGCCCGCCUGUAUGCUGCCAUGAAGCGCGGCGACUACAUCGCGAAAGAAGGCGAGACAGCACCCCUCGUCGACUUCGACCGCAAGUGGGCCGAAACACACCCCGGAAACGGUGACGCCCCCCACCAAGACAACUCCAGUUCCGGAAGCGACAACGACUCAGACGAAGAGGAGGCCGACAACGAGAUGGUCGAGUUCAAGGACGAGUUCGGGCGCACGCGCCGCGCGACCCGCACCGAAGCCCUCCGCCUCGAGCGGCAGCGGCACCGCAGCGCCCUCGGCGCCGCCGAGCUCGAGUCCAUGGCCGCGAAGCCCACCCGGGCGCCCGAGCGCCUCAUCUUCGGCGACGUCAUCCAGUCCGCCGCCUUCAACCCCGAGCACGACACCCUCGACCGCAUGGCCGACCUCGCCGCCAAGCGCGACAAGGAGCCCACCCCGCCCCCUGACACCCACUUCGACGGCGCCGCCGAGAUCCGCACAAAAGGUGUCGGCUUCUACCAGUUCAGUCAGGACUCCGCGGCGCGGCGCGAGGAAAUGCAGAAUCUGAGCAGGGAGAGGGAGACCACGGAGCGCGUGAGGAGGGACAGGGAGAAGGCGCGCGAGGAUAGGCGGAGGGAGAUCGAGGAGAGGAGGAGGAGGAUCGGGGCGAAGCGCGCGGAGAAGAUGGCGGAGAAUUUCUUGGAUGGGUUGGCUGGGGCGAUGGCUGGAGGCGGCGGCAGCGGUGACUUCGGUUCUGGUAGUGGUAUGGGUGAUGCUCCUGUUGACGAUGGCAAGAAGCAAGAGGAGACGAAAGAAGAGUAAAGGCUAAUAAUAGUAUUUCAUCUACUAAGUCUACAUACGGGGCAUUAUAAAGAUAAAGGUUCAGGAUGGUUAUAAGCGUAUUAGAUACCGGGCGGUAACUAAUGUACCUAUGAGAUAAAAAUAAUUUGAAGAUCCCCCCCCCCCCUUU